AUGUCUUCCACGUUCACAAAACAGGCCCCGAGCACGGGGAUAGACCUCACCUCCCUCCCCGCCUCCGCCGUCGCCGUCGACCCCGAGUCCCGCUCCUUCUCCUCCGCCGAGAUCAACGACCCCUACAACCUCACCACGCACCUCAAGUCCGACGCGGACAUCACCCUCCUCAGCGGCGCCCGCCCGCGGCAGAGCGGCGCCCGCCGGCGCAUCCACCACAACUUCACCCGCGGCGGCGCCAGGGAGGCCCGGCUGCAGGACUUCUACCGCGCCCAGAACGACAAGAUCCGCUCCCUCCUCAAGUCCGUCGACGACCACGAGCGCGAGGCCAGGGAGACCCAGGGCGACAACAACCUCAAGUACCAGAUCGCCGUCAAGGGCAGCCUCGCCGCCAACGUGGUGUUGUCUGCACUGCAGCUGUACGCCGCCAUCUCGUCCGGGUCCCUGUCGCUGUUCACGACCAUGGCGGACUCGGUGUUCGAUCCGCUGAGCGGGAUCAUGCUCAUGUUGUCGCAUCGCGCGGUGAAGAAGGUCGACACGAGGAAGUACCCCUCCGGCCGGGCGCGGAUCAGCACGGCGGGGAAUAUCGUGUUUUCGUUCAUCAUGUUCAGCGUGAGCUUGGUGCUGAUUGUCAUGUCGGCGAGGGAUCUCGCGGCCGGGUCGGAUAGUGAGACGAACGAGUUUCAUUUUACGAGCGUGAUUGCCGUCGCGAUCGCCUUCGGGACCAAGUUCUGCCUCUGGCUUUACUGCUGGUCCAUCAAGCACAUCUACUCCCAGGUCGAGAUCCUCUGGCGCGACCACCGCAACGACCUCUUCAUCAACGGCUUCGGCAUCUUCACCUUCUCCGCCGGCAGCAAGAUCAAGUGGUGGAUCGACCCCAUGGGCGCCAUCAUCCUGUCCUUCCUCAUCGCCGGGCUGUGGCUGCGGACCGCCUACGAGGAGUUCCAGCUGCUCAUCGGCGUCUCGGCGGAGCCGGAGUUCCUGCAGCUCAUCACCUACAUCGCAAUGACACAUUCCACCGACGUGAAGCAGAUCGACACCGUCCGGGCCUACCACAGCGGGCCGCGCUACAUCGUCGAGAUCGACAUCGUCAUGGACCGCCACGAGAGGCUCGAGAUCGCGCACGACGUCGCCGAGGCGCUCCAGAUCAAGAUCGAGAAGCUGCCCGGCGUCGAGCGGGCCUACGUACACAUCGACUACGAGACGGAUCACAAACCCGUGAACGCGAUGGACCGCAACACCCUCCUCGAAACCCUCUCCUCCACCCCUUCCUCCAGCCACAGACCGAUCAUGACGAUGGUCAACGGCGACAACACCUGGCUCAUCUCCAUCCCCCGCCCCCCCUCCUCCUCCUCUAAAAGGACAUUCUACCACAUCCUCCAAGACCCCUGGCUCGCCGGCGACGCCAUAGCCCUCUCCUCGUGGUUCCUCGUCAUGCGGCACCCCGUCAAGGAAGCCCUCGACAGCACGGCCGCGAUCGAGAGCUGGAUCGCGGACGUCGAGGCCGCGGCGGGCGGGGCGAAAGACGAAAAGGGGGAGGAGAGCUGGCUCGACGCGGUGCUCGUCACGCACGUCAACACGGACCACAUGCACGAGGCGACGCUGCGGACGUUCGAUCCCGCGACGAGGGUGUUCGCGGCCGCGCAGCCGGCGGCGAUCAUGGAAGGGUGGAAGCACUUUGAGAGGAUCACGCUCGUGCCGGAUUUCGUCCGCGGGCGGGACGCGAGGUGGCCGGCUGCGGACGGGAUGCCGGCGUGGUUAUCCGUGUUUCGGCUCCCGGACGAGUGCGGCGUGGUACCGCUGCUCUACCACGCCAUCGUGUUCAGCUUUGCAAGCGCGGACGGGAAGGGGGAGGAGAUGACAUUGUACUCGCCCCACGGUGUUGACCCGGACGUGGUGGAGGCCGCGCGGGAUGCGAAUCCUGGUGUGAGCGUCCUGGCGAUGGUGCAUCCGCUGCACAAGACCGGACUCUUCGAGAAGGGGACGACGUUGGGCGUGACGAACGGGUUGAAGAUUGAGAGGCGGGUCGAGCCGCGGUACUGGCUGGGCACGCACGAUGAUAAGAUUCGGUAUUCGGGGGUGAUGAGCUGGUUGUUGAGUCAUGGGAAGAUGACGCUGGAGCAAGGGCUCGAGGAGGAGGAGAGGGAGACGGGACGGGUGCUGAGGAGGCCUAAUGUUGUUGAGGUUGGGAAUGGGGAGAGUUAUAUCUUGGCUUGA